GCAUUCCACAAGCAAAGAAGCACGCCACCUCGCACUGCUGAUGACGAUGAGGAUGAGGAGAAUGACCUUUGGGACCCUUGUCUGUGCUGUGGCCAUGGCCCUGGCACUGGCCAGCGCCGGCUGUGCUGCGGGUAAGAACGGCCGCAAAAGGCGUUUGCUUGCUUUUUUUGGUUUGGUUGCUUGCAAGCAGCGCAAGCAGCGCAAGCAGCGCAAGCAGCGCAAGCAGCGCAAGCAGCGCAAGCAGCGCAAGCAGCGCAAGCAGCGCAAGCAGCGCAAGCAGCGCAAGCAGCGCAAGCAGCGCAAGCAGCGCAAGCAGCGCAAGCAGCGCAAGCAGCGCAAGCAGCGCAAGCAGCGCAAGCAGCGCAAGCAGCGCAAGCAGCGCAAGCAGCGCAAGCAGCGCAAGCAGCGCAAGCAGCGCAAGCAGCGCAAGCAGCGCAAGCAGCGCAAGCAGCGCAAGCAGUGCAAGCAGCACUGA